GGACCCAGUUUCCGGCAGCAUCAUCGCAGCCACCCAAUCCGGUACAAUAACCGAUUCGUCCAAAUUCGCGAUAUCUCUUCUUGAAUCUGAACGUCGACCAUCCCUGCGUGCCCACUGAUAGCUAUCGCGGAGAUACAGCCCGAUGCCUCCUGACGGUCUGCGCUUACCACCUGAACAGUCUUCGCCGACGCCUGGGUCGCUCUUUAGCGCAUUGCUCUCGGAUAUGUCAGGCUCUCGGUCGUACACAUCUGGGUCUACUGGUGCCACUCUGAAGCGAAGAGCGUCGCCUUCAUUUGAGGACGUGCAAGCGGAGACUAGCAGGAAGAGGGUGAAGGACAACUUGCAAGACACGCCUGUGAGCGGUAACGAGGCUGCUGUACAAGCGGCUACGGCGACCAUAAACAGUGGGGCUCUUGCGAACGAACUGGAGCAAGAGUUGCAAUGUGCUUGUUGCUCUGCACUCGUGUAUCGACCAGUAGUGGUUGUACCAUGUCAACAUUUCUUCUGCGGAAGCUGCGUGGUUAUGUGGAUCCGAAACGGGGGAACGAACUGUCCUGCAUGCCGGGGUCUGUCAUCGAUUGUCACGCCUUCGCGCGCCCUGCAGACAAUGGUUGACGUCCUUCUGCGCCAUGCGCCGGACCGGGUGCGACCAGCCAACGAACGCAUACAAGCGGAUGAAAUCUACCGGACUGGAGUAUCACUCAGGAUUCCUAGCCCCAGGCAAGCGUCGCCGGAGCCCAGUCUGCAGCCUCGCAAUGUGAAUUACGUGCAGCCUUGCCCACAUUGUACUGCCGGCAACCAGUAUGGAUGGGUGUGUCCGCAGCCUAUCGCGGACCCGGAAGUCAACCCAGAUCAUGCGUGGCACACAGAAGACGGCACACCGCCAGGGCACGCAUACUGUGGCAAUUGCGAGAACAUCCUCGCCUUGACCGCACCCACAUCCACCAGAUGUGAUUUUUGCCAGGUGUCUUUCUGCGGCAUCGGUAUUCCGACACGCUGUGUGGCUGCGCCACUGCUCAUGCAGCACCCGCACGGUCUGUCCGAUAUUGGGGACCUCAUCCAAUGCGGCGAGAUCUACGAUUGCUUCGACUCGAACACCGUGGAAGUCGAUAUCAUGCUUGACUAUCUAACUGCGCAACGUCUGACUCCCAAGCACAUCUACCGAGAGAUCGUCGCGUAUAUACAAACUCAACCGCGUCAGUUUGCGCCGCUUAUCGAACUCGACCUCUUCCAGGAUAUCCACAAUGUCGCAGGCGGCAUUGACCCAGGCCUAAGUGCGCCGCGGAGCCGAAUUUGCCGACUCUGUGCGACCGAGGUGUUCCUUUGGGGCCUGCGCGAUUGGUGGGUCCGAGAGCGGAGGAAGGGCUUCCUGGAAGAAUACGUUACCAGGAGACCGGACUGUCUUGACGGGAGCGGGUGCCCCAGACAGAAGGACCAUGGACACGCCAAGGAAUGUUAGUAGCCCUUCUCCCAUCAUCAUCUCUGGCGUAGUACUUGAACGGUGCUUCUAAUCGCGCUUCUUCCCCAGAUAAUCACAUCAUCGUUCCGCAAGAUGCUCCCGCGGCAUCAUCCUCAGGUGCGGGAGCUGGGCCAGCUACGGCGGCCACUACGUCCGCAAGGGCAGCGCCGCUGUAUUUGCCCUUGGCGACUUCGUCUGGCAGUCACUCCGCACUACCGCCUUUCCUGCCCCCAGUACCUCCUUACGAAGCGGAGGCAGACCUCGCCUUGCUAUCGCAGUUCUCGGC